CACACGGGCAAACGAAACCAUGCAAUGACCAAGAGAAUGCGCUGUUAGGUGUUUUCGUGAUCCGCAAGCACGCGACGUUUAAGCCGCGCCCACUACACACAGCCGUGUAACGACCGACGAAUUGCUCGUUCGGGAGCGUUGUUUAUUAUCUUAUGAACGUUCGUCCGUGAUGUGUCGAAUCGAAAUAAAAUGCAUACACCUAAAUUCAUUGCCACCAUAAUAUUUUAAAUAUUCGCUCUUAUGCACUAACCAUCUUUUAAUUAAAGCCACUGUCUGCCCAAUUGUAUACCUAUUUGUAUAUAACAAUAUUAUGUUGCCAAGAAAAUCUAGUUUCUACCGUACCUUUAAUUGUAGUACUAUUAGUACUAACAUUUUAGGUAUUCGAGUUGACAAUAUUUUACACGUACAAUAACUUACGAUUUACAUUUUGUUUGUAAAAAUAUCAAUAUAGACAUAACUAUUAUGUAUUUAAUUUUUAUACUUACCCAUAUUUUCGAAUGUAUUACCAUAAAACCAUUGAUUAUAAUACAUAUUAUUAUUUAUAUUAUUCUAUAUUACACUGAGGACGCUAAACCAGCGAAAAUACCGUACAAAAACAUGCCAAUUUUGUUCCAAUAAUACGGCCAACUGAAUGGUUUUAGAGCAAAAUACCUUAAUUAAAAGUUGUAGAAGAGAGUUAUAUAGGAUGACGUAUAAGACUCGAUUUUUGAUAUUUUAAUUUUUUAUACCAAUUAUUCGCAAGUAAAAAACUGAAAACGCAAAACGAUUUUAUCGAUUUUGAGAAUGAAAUAUCGAAAAUCAAGUCUUAUACGUCACUCGGUAUAACUCUUCUUACAUUUUAAUCAGCCAUAAAUAAACUACUUGAAUUGGAUUUACAACUUACUGAGUUGCAAUCUAAGAAAUUAAAAAAUAAAAAAAACAUUUAACUAGUUUAAAUUAUAUUAAUAAUAUACUAAUUAUAAUACAAUACAAUAUUAGUCUAUAUAAUAUCAAUUAUAAUAUAAUAAUAAUAUCAUUGUAACAAACAAUAUUCAAUAUCCCGCGCGUUAUCGAAUACAUUUUACUGAUCAGUACUUCAUAGUACACCAUCGAAUGCAAGCCUUCAAGAUAGAAUAAACAAUUUUUUUGUACGUUAUAAUACACAGUGUUUCGACAAUCCUUUAUUUUCCGUGUUUAUUUGAAUAGUUUCUUAUAAACAUAUAACGCCAUUCUACUACUUUAAGUUAAAAGAUCAACGGACUUUGGUAUUCGACAGCAUUCGUCAAGCAAAAUUCAAACAUUGAAACAGAUAUACGAUCAUAGUACGUCAAAUAUAAUUAUUGGACACAGAAGAAAAAAAGUAAAAAAAAAAAUGGACUUUCAGAAGGUCGUUUAUCAAAUACUGCUGUUGUUAUUUACCAUAGAAAUUUCUACGACGUUUGGUAACCAUGAAGAAGACUUGUUCGAAUUAACAUCAACCAGCGAUAGCCCGGGUUUGCAGUACGAACUCAUAGGUAAUGGUAGAGCUUGCGGAAGUAGUUGGACAGUAAACACAUAUAUGGAUUUAAAAUUUUUAAAUAACAGUCUUAGAAAUAUUAGACAAAUGUUAAACUCAAUUGAACUAAUUGCGUUCAAAGACAUUUCUAUAACUUUGUAUCAGUUAAAAAAACACGCGAACAGAUUGGAAAACGAGAUAGGUUUAAUUGUACAAAUGGGUAGACAUAACAAAAAAGUUAAGCGAUCUAUUGAGUUUGGGGGUACGGCAUUAAAAUGGAUGUUUGGAGUAGCCGAUGCUGACGAUGUACGAAGAUAUGAUAGUACGAUCGAUAAAUUAGAAAACAAUGAGAAAGAUGUUAUGCGUAUUGUUCAUGAUCAGAUAUCUAUACUAAAAAGCACAAUAAUUAAUUUGAAUGAUUCCGUUACAUCAUUUAAUGAAAAUAAGAAAAUAUUUGAUGCAAAUAUGAAAGAAGGCGAGAAAAAAGUGAACGAAUUGAUUAUUGAAAUAGCUAAGGAAGACAGAAAAAUCAUUAUUUUGAGUUCGAUAACUCUUUUAGAAAACACUAUAUUUGAAUUGGACAUGUUUAUUAGUAGGUUGCAAAAAGUAAUUUCUAACGUACAGAAUAAUGUAGUAGAUGCGUUUAUAAUAACACCUGACCAAUUGCUUUCGGAAAUAAAAAAUAUUCAGAGUAUACUCCCGGAUGAUUUGAAAAUCCCUGUUAAAUUUGAUGAGGAUAAUAUUCAAGAAAUAUUCAAAAUAUUAAGUAUUGAAAUGCACACAAUAAAUGACAGAUUUAUUUUUUCUUUAAAAUUUCCUCUGUGCCUUAUAGGAAAUUUCAACGUUUAUUACAUAUUACCUAUUUACAUUCCAAUUAAUGAACAUGGUCAAUUUCUGCAUAUGACUAAAAAUUCUAUGUAUUUGUUAAUGGACAAAAUAAUGACCAAAUAUUUUAUAUGGCCAGAUUUAAAUAACUGUAAAGUAGUGGAUAAAAUAUUUGUUUGUGGAUUUAAUGAAAUUAUACAUAAUUGUGACACGGACCCCACAUGUGUAACAGAAUUACUAAAAAAUUCUUUAACUAAACCACCUCAAUGUGAUACUUAUAUCUCUGAAUUCAAAACAGAAAUGUGGUAUCCCUCAUUUUUCAAAAAUCAUUGGUUUUUCGUAUGUGAAAAACUCACUACAAUUACUAUAAUUUGUAAUAAACAGUCUUUCACUCAAAAAAUUAAAGUUAAAAGUUCUGGAAAGUUAUACUUGAAGUCUGGGUGUAUUGCUUACACCUCGAAAGGUGUACUAAAAACUGAACAAGUAUUAAAUCAAACAUAUUUCUCAAUUCCAGUAGACUUAUCUCUUACAAAUGAUUCAUGCUGUAAUGUAUUCAAUUUUUCUAAUCAGGCCUAUCCCAAACCUAUCCACUUCGAUGAAAUAAAAAAUAUUAAAUUUAAUAAAGAUGCGUUCAAUACAAUAAAUAAACAAUUAGACCAACAAGAUAUGUUAAUAAAUUCGCUUAUUGUAGAUAAAACGUAUGAAUUUAUAUACACAAACAAAUAUUUAGUUGUCAUAAUAAUAGUUUUUUUAAUAUAUUUUAUAGCAACAUUUUAUUUAAAUAGGAAAGCAAAAAAAUUAGCUAUAGAAAACAUUAAUUUAAGUUACAAUCCUCCAAGUUCUAAAAAUUAAUUUAGUAAAGGUUCUUAGUACGUAUACCUGAUAUUAUAUAUUAUUAUAUAAUUGUCAAAUACCAUUCACAACAUUUAUAUUAUUUUUUCGGAAGUUAAUAAUUAGUAUGUAGGUAUAUGUUUAUCUUACUUUUUUCUACACUUAUAUAUUGUAUAAAUGUUCUUGUAUAAAUAUAUUUUAUUUUAUAACAUACUUUAAUGAAAUUGUUCAAAUAAUCGAAUGUAUAAUCGGAUUGAAAUGCAUCACCUUUAUAAAUUCAAUUUUAUUUGUUACUUUUAAAGUAAUUACUAAUUUGUAUAGUUGUGUUGUAAAGAUAUCUAAUACACUAAUUAUUUUAUGAUUUGCCUUGGCAAU